CCAUAUAAGCCCUAUUAUUCAAUAAUGGGCCUUGAAACAGAGAAGAAGAUGGGAGUAUCAGUAUACACAUUGGUGCGGAGGAACAUCGGCGGAGAAUGAUCGGCGAAGCAACACGAGGGAGAAAUUGAGUUCUUACAGGUUCUCUGAUUCAUCCGCCGGCGUUCAGUCUUCAUUUCUCUCAUCUCUGCCCUACCUCCGCCGUGUGCCAGUCAGGUGAUUGUCGGUGGAGGUGGUGCUGGUGAAGCUGCAGCCGUUCCUAAGGAGGACGAGAAGAAAGAAAGACUAAUAACUUAUAGGCAGCCCCAUUUAAUAAGCCCUCAUUGCCUUUCGAUUCCACUGCAUCACAUCAAAUGUUCACGGCGGGAAAGUGGAGGACAGCGUUUCUCUCUCUCAGGGACGAAAUCUCAACCACUCCACAGCCACCUGUUCCUCAGUUGCUUCAGGAUCUAAUCUUCUCUCACUCCGAUUCCCUUCUCUCCGCCGUCUCUCUCCUCCCACCGCACGAGCUCACUUCUGACUGCUUGUUCCUUCUCGAUUUGGUUUCCAAAGCUGAUGGUCCCGUCUGGAUCCCUGUCUCUCUUCAUACUUUCCAGCUGAUACACGAUGUUUGUGCUCGUGUACUUCUGCAACAAAACUCAUCGUCGUGGCCGCUCCUUCUUCACUCUUUUGCUAGUGUCUUGGAGUUUCUUCUGCGCCAACCAAUGCCUUCACCCUCUUCCACUGCAUAUUACUCCAGAAUCGAACCUGUGAUCCAAUCUUUCGAGACUCUAAGACGUUUGGCCGCUCUGUACCAGAGAAAUAGCUCCCAUCCGGAGAAUAUUCACCUUGUCAAGUUUGUCCUGCGCAUUAUUCCGUUCCUACACCAUGAUUUAGUUGCAUCUUAUGGUUGCUCAAAUCAAGACCCUGCUGGGAAGAAAUUGCUGAGUCUAUGGGAUGCCAUGGCUCUUGCCUUUGACAUGUUUGGUGGGGCCUUUUCUGUGUCUGGGUCUUUGUUUCCUAAUGACGUCUGCCAAUCCACGCUGGAGGUUCUAAGGAAAGUAAUGGACGUCUUAGCAUCCAAGGGCCAGCUUGUCGAAGAUCGAUCUAUGUGGCGCUUCUAUUCAUGCCUUCUUGACUGUGUGCACGUGGUCCUUACAAAUAUCAAAUGUCCGGUUUCUGAUCAUGUCUCAAGUUUCAUAGCAGCAUUGAGAAUGUUUUUCGGUUUUGGACUUAAUGGCCCACCUCAGUUCUCUCAUCCUGAUGUUGUUCGCAAGGAUAAUCAGUUAAAUGUCAAGCUUUCCCCAUUGAGAUCUGGAGUAAGUAAGAACGCCAAUGAUACUCCUUAUAGGCCACCCCACUUGCGCAAGAGGGAUGAUUUGAAUUCUAAGCUUCCAGAGUCUUGCGACUGGCGACGCCUGUCUGCUCAGGAUUCUGCUAGUUCUGAUGUUAUAUUAUCAGAUUCUGAUUUUAGUGACAGUGACGGAUCCAUUAGGGAUUCUUAUGGCGCCCAAAGCUCUAAGGUCAGGAUAGCUGCGAUUGUUUGCAUACAGGAUCUUUGCCAAGCUGAUUCAAAGUCAUUUACCACUCAGUGGAUGACACUCGUGCCAACCAAUGAUGUACUAAAGCCAAGGAAGCUUGAAGCUACUCUUAUGACCUGCUUGCUUUUUGAUCCUCAUUUGAAGGUAAGGAUAGCAUCUGCGUCAGCUCUUUCCACCAUGAUGGAUGGGGCUUCAUCUAUUUUCCUUCAAGUAGCAGAGUACAAGGAAUCCUCUAAGUAUGGAUCGUUCACGCCCCUCUCAAAUUCCCUUGGUCUGGUAUUAAUGCAACUCCACACAGGCAUUCUACAUUUGAUUCACCGUGAUAACCAUGGUAGAUUGUUGAUUCAGCUGUUCAAGUUUCUCUUGCUGCUGAUAUCGAGCACACCUUACUCGAGAAUGCCAGGAGAAUUGCUGCCAAAAGUUAUAAUGUCUCUGCACGCUAGGAUUAAUGAGGGAUUUCCCUUCAAAAAUGAUCAAACUGGUCUCCUGGUUGCCGCAAUAGGAUGCCUGACAGCUGCAUUCUCUACCUUUCCUCCUCAGAUGAAUGUACAUAGUAUGCUUUUGGAUGAGGCAUCAGCAGGAUUCGACGGAAGUGAAAGGAAGUCAGGAGUUAUUUUUACUUUAUUUCGUUUUGCUGAGCAAUAUUCUGAUGCAUCUACAUGCAUUGAGGCUCUUCAGGUCCUCCGAGCUAUGGCUCUCAAUUACCCAACAAUAGUGUCAGCGUGUUGGGAACGGGUCUCUGUCCUCGUGUAUAAACUUUUGCAGUUUGCUGUUGUUGAAGAUCCUGCAAAGACAUGGAAGGCUUCAGUUAAAGAGCCUGUUGGAUAUGUUGGGGAUAAAAUUCUCACAGCUGCUAUUAAGGUUUUGGAUGGAUGCCUUCGCGCAAUAUCUGGAUUUAAGGGAAAUGAGGAUCUUCAUUUUGAUAGAAUAAUUGAUACACCUUUUACAUCUGACUGCAUAAGGUCGAUAAGAAUUUCAUCUGCACCAUCAUAUGGAUUUGAGAAUUCCGAAAUUGCUCAAGAGCAAUUCUCUCAGGCAGGAUGUUACCAAUGGUCUGAGGCUAUUCGUAAACAUAUUGUUCUGGUGUUACACAGUGGUUCUGCGGUGGUGAGGAGCACUGUGGUCACUUGCUUUGCUGGUAUUACGUCAUCCGUAUUUGUCUCUUUCAGUCAGCAGGAAAGGGACUUUGUUACUUCAUCAAUUAUAAACGCUGCAUUGCAUGACAAAUCACCUUCAGUCAGAUCAGCAGCCUGCCGAGCUAUUGGUGUAGUUUCAUGUUUUCCAGAAACUUCUUUAAGUAUUGGGAUAUAUGAAAAGUUUAUCCUGGCUGUUGAAGCGAAUACCCGCGAUCCCUUGAUUUCGGUGCGUGUAACAGCAUCCUGGGCUUUGGCCAAUGUAUGCGAAGCUCUACGUUACCGUGUCAAUUAUACGUCCGUUGAAGUAGGAUCAAAUACAACUUCACAAGUCGUGGACUCGCUAAUAGAAUAUGCCUUGCGCCUUACUGAGGAUGGGGACAAGGUCAAAGCCAAUGCAGUUCGAGCACUGGGGAGUAUUUCUAAAUAUGUAAAAUUGAGAUGCAUGACAAGUAAUGCGGUAGAUUCAAGCUGGUUGGAGAGAACCGUGCAAGCAUUUCUUUCCUGUGUUACUACUGGUAAUGUUAAGGUUCAAUGGAAUGUUUGUCAUGCCUUAAGCAAUUUAUUCUCCAACGAGACAGUGAAACUACAAGAUAUGGAUUGGACUCCAAGUGUUUUUAGCAUUCUACUAUUGCUGCUUCGUGAUGCAUCGAACUUUAAGAUAAGAAUACAAGCUGCUGCCGCUUUAGCUGUUCCUGUAACCCCACUUGCUUAUGGGAGAUCAUUCCCUGAUGUUGUCAAAGGUGUGUGGCAUACUUUACAGAAUCUCAAUUCCGACAGAGAGACGACUCCAACAAAUUUCAAAUAUAAGAAAUCACUUGAGAAUCAGUUAACCUCGACCAUGCUGCAUCUCCUUAGCUUAGUUUCAAGCGGUCGUUGUGAAGCGUUGACAGAUUUUCUUCUAAAAAAAGCCUCUUUGCUAGAGGAGUGGUUAAGAGGAUUGUGUGUGACACUGAAGGAGGAAGACAAUGCAUCUGGAUCAGGCAGCACGAGCACUUCUGGUGAGAAGCAGAAAAAAGAGUUGAUCUCUAGAGCUAUACGGUCACUUGCCAGAAGCCUAGAGGCUGGACAUAACCCGGAAAUGGCUCUAAAGUUGCAAGAGUUAGAUAGCAACGUGAACUGACUUAUCAGGGGCUACGUUUUGGGGUUAUCUUCUUCGCCAUGUUGUAACUCUAGUGAAUGUAUACAAUUCAACAAAUGUACAUUACCUCCAUGACAAAUUUUGUUAUACUACAUGUCUACAUAGUUAUAGUUUUGGCCGAUAUAUAUGACCUUUGAAAUUAUUAUAGAAAACUUAUUUUGUUGCUA